GUAAUAUUAUAAAAAUUCUUUGGAUUGGAUAAUAUAUCAUAAAUUGCUUGUUUCAAGUUCUCUAGAAAUAAUGUAGAUAUAAAUUUUAUUUUAUAACAGAUCCCUCUAAAAACUAUCCUUAUUUUGAUUCAUUAUUUUUCUUGUAUUUAUUUUUAUUUAAUCUGUAUUAUUUUUCCUUUAAUUAAUUAUAAUUAAUUAAACGAUGGCCGAUGUAUCUAGAACACAAAUCGACAAAUAAAAAUAAAAUAUAAAACAUUUUACAUAGAAAUAUACUUUACUGCAAUAUAUUUUAUUUUAUGCCAUUGAAGAAAUAACUCGGAAUAAUCAAUAACUUCACUUAUGUACAUAUGUACGAUAGGCAUAAGGCAGGUUACUCAAAGUAUAGUAUAGUGAUACAGUCUACAAUGAUUGGAUCAAUAUGCUACCAGACUGGUAUUCUAUUCCGAAGAAAUUUAGACUUUGUUAAGCAUGGAAUUGUUCACAGCUUUGAGCUUAUUCAGCCGGCAAAAGUACGAGGCGUGCGCAACGAUAUGUACGGAUUUAUUGAGAAAAAAUCCUUUAGAUCAGGCCGUGUGGGUCCUGAAAAUGCGUGCUUUAACGCUGCAAGUUUAUGUGGAUGAUAUUGAAGGUGAGGAAGAGGGAAUCGCGGAGACUCUAUUAGACAGUUAUGCAAUAUCGACGAUGCCUAGGCCAGGAACCUCCUUGAAAAAUCCUGGCACAAGUUACACCGGUCAGGGUGUGCGACCUAAAUCUCAAUCCGGCAGACCUGUCACCGGGGUAGUACGACCUGCCACUCAAGCGGCAAUGUCCCAGUCGAUUGAACAAGCAUUAAGAACACCGAGAACAGCAAUGACUGCCAGGCCAAUUACAGCAAGCUCAGGGCGCAGCGUUAGACUUGGUACAGCUUCGAUGUUGACGGAGCCCGGUGGGCCUUUUAUCCAACUAUCGCGGUUAAAUGUAACUAAAUAUGCUAAUCAGCAAAGCAUAGCAAAGCCAUUGUUCGAAUAUAUAUAUUAUCACGAACAUGAUGCGAGAUACGCCCUGGACUUGGCCGUUCAGGCGACGCAGGUUUGCCAGUACAAGGACUGGUGGUGGAAAGUUCAGCUUGGAAAGUGUUAUUACACUUUAGGACUGGUGAGAGACGCGGAGCAACAGUUCAAGUCAGCGUUGAAGGAUCAUCGAAGUAUCGAAACGAUUUUACGAUUAAUUAGAGUCUACAUCAGGCUCGAUCAGCCGGUGGCCGCACUAGACACGUGCAAGAGGGGCCUCGAGUACUUCGCGAACGACGUUACGAUCCUUACAGAGAUGGGUCGCAUAUUCGAGGGCUUGAAUAACGCGACGAUGUCCAUGAAAUAUUACAAGGUGAUCGCGCAGGAAGACGCUUCUCACACCGAAGCAAUCGCUAGUAUAGGCAUGCAUCAUUUUUACAAUGAUCAACCGGAGUUAGCCUUACGUUAUUAUAGGCGCCUGUUACAAAUGGGCGUGCAUAACGCUGAACUGUUCAACAAUCUCGGGCUUUGUUGCUUCUAUGCUCAGCAAUACGAUCAUACCAUAUCGUGUUUCGAAAGAGCCUUAAGUCUUGCAACUGAUGAGAACGUGGCUGACGUGUGGUACAAUAUCUCUCACAUCGCUAUUACGUUGGGUGAUCUAAUAAUGGCAGAAGAGUGUUUGAGGCUAGCCAUCGCGAGUGAUAAUAGGCAUGCUUUGGCUUACAACAAUCUGGGCGUGAUAGAGAUGCGUAAUGGGAAUGUUACUGCGGCAAGAACGUAUUUCCAUGCGGCGGCCAACAUCGCUAGUUACGUAUAUGAGGCGCACUUUAACAGCGCGCACUUAGCCUAUGAGGUUGGAGACUUGCAAACAAGUUAUCUUGCAGUACAAAAGUCGUUGAGCGCGUAUCCCGGACAUUAUGACAGUAAGACCCUCUUGCGGAAACUGCAAAGAUACUUCUCACAUAUAUAAAAUCAACAACACAAGAGUUUCUUAUAUUCUACAUUGUACUAUUUUAUUGUAAUAUAUAUAAUUUAAACGUAAUUCUAUGUACAUAAUAUACAAAAAAUACAAAUCAUACUU